UGAGCUGAGCGGACGCAAUUCAAUAGGUUCUAGUGGGGAUCUGAAUCGGUUUUGGUGGUGACAUUCUGAGCCCUUCUCACCUACCCCCGUCGCUUGGUGCCCCAUCAGAUUGUGCUAGUGAUUAAAUUGUAAAAAAGUGAAGAUUCCAAAAAAAAAAAUCAAAGGUGAAAAGCUAAUAUUACGGGAGCUUCUGCAGCGAGCAGUUGGUGGAUGGAGUAAAUGGAGUAGUAUAUUUGUGACAGAGGAAAAUUUUAUGAAGUCAUUCGCUGCAGAAAAGAAAAUUAUGAAUACUUUAAUCAAAAGUGAGAGCGAAAAAUAAAUUAUCGAUUUUCUUCGGUUCGUUGGAGGUUGCCCCCGCAUGCAAUCUCUGGGGAUUCAGGUGAAAGGAAACGAGUUUUUCUCGAGGUCUAGUGCACAGUGCAACGAUUCGCGGCUAUAGAUGUGAAAGUUUUGACAAAAAGUGUAAUAUAAUUGGCGCGUCUCCUGUCAAGGAUACGUUUAGGAGCUGAGAAAAACUCUUGGUGAAAAGCGACGCUAGGUUCAGUCACACGCGUUGAGAGGAAUUCUGCUCUAGAAGUAGAAGAAAAUAAGCUUGAUUGCAAUUAGCGCUCCGGACCGUCACAGCAUGUAGAAACUUUUCUCGUGGUGAGUCGCAAAUUCAUCCGAACGGUUGCUUCAUCAUACCAAAAAAAAAGUGACAGGAGGAGAAAGACUAAUCAUUCGCACCUUUUUUGCACCAUCCCACGAAUCCACGAGUCCGUAAAUGAUUGAAACUGCUAGCGCUUUGACCGUGGACUGUGGAACCGCUAGAACGUGGCUCAUUUGGUUGUAGUAAAAGAACCAUAGUGGACAACUUUUGGUGUGGUACAACCACCGGUCCUAGUGUCACCGUUCCAGCCAGCAGCGGCGGCGGUUGAAACAAUACCCCUAAUUAAGCACGUUCGGCCAUCCACGGCAACUGAGAUCGAAUGGUGGAAAAAAUAACACAAUUUAGUCCCUCCGAUGUAUUCUGGUGGAUAAACAAAAAAAUACGCCAUUUAUAAAAACACCACGAGGCGAAAGCGGUCAACUCCUGUGACAGGCUCAAAGUGACAAUUUUUGUGUUCCACUGGGUGGACGGUGAAUCAAAUUACAGCACGGGUUUUGAUGUAGGAACGAUAAGUUUUGGUUCAGUAAAUAAUUAUAUCAAAACAAGCCGCACGGGUAGCGUUAGGAGAGGUGCGUUUGGGUGAGUGUCCAGUGAAAACGUGGGAAAAUUGAUGUUUAACGAAACAGUGAAAGUAAAGCUUUUGAAGAAGGGUUCAUAUUGAAACCGUGGAAGGAAUAUAGUCCUCGAAAAAAGCGGGUAGAAAAGUAUAUCAUAGAAAGGUUUUUCAUAACAACCAAGGAAAGCUGCUUGCUAGUACCGAAGCACUCACAACGCUUAUCAUAUUGGACCGGCGGGGUCCACAAGUCCUAAAACUAGGAAAAAAUUCUCCAUCUAGAACGUUUCUCUUCUGGCGAACGGUUCUACAGAGAAACCUUUCAACAUUCCGCUUUUCCAAUUAAAUGUUAUGCCGGCCGCGACCAUGUUUUCCAAGUUCAAAAGCAGCAGCACCAGCGCUCCGCCGCCUAACCCCUACGACAACAAUCCGAUUACGCAGUACUUUGAGAUUGGGAAACAGAUUGCCUGUGCCGGGCCGGAACUGGUGUGGAAGAUCCACGAGGGCUAUCGGAAGACCGACGGCAAGGAAUGUUCGAUAUUUGUGUUCGAAAAGCGCACUGCGGAAAAAUUGCACAAACCCAAACGGAAAGACAUGGUAACGGAAAUCCUGCGAGCAUCAGUGAAACAGCUGGAACGGUUCCGGCAUCCGAAGAUUCUUCAAAUAAUGCACACCGUAGAGGAGAGCUCGGAAACUCUUUCGUUCGCUUCUGAGCCCGUCAUCGCCAGCUUAGCAAACGUUCUGGCAUAUCAGGAAAGUGCAGGUACUGCCCCGGGUCCACCCAGCACCGGUGCGUCACAACAGAUACAAAAUUGCUCCCCCGCAAGCCGACCUACGCAUGCGAAGGAAUACUCCUUCCUCGAUAUAGAGCUAAAGUACGGAAUUUUGCAGAUCACAGAGGCCCUAUCUUUUCUGCACUAUUCCGGCCAACUGAUACACCGGAAUGUGUGUCCCUCGUCGAUCCUAAUCACGAAGAAGGGCACAUGGAAGCUGGCUGGGUUUGAAUUCACCGAACGAGUCAAUGAAACCGACGCAACCGACCCGGUUCCCUGCCAGUCCUGGUCGACGAGGACAUCGAAAAUGGUGCAGCCCAAUCUGGAUUACAUGGCACCAGAAAACCAGAUAAACUCGAACUGCAGCAUACUAAGCGAUAUGUUUUCACUCGGUAUGGUGAUAUGUGCCAUUUUUAAUCACGGGAGACCGUUGAUACAAUCGGGGAAUUCGCCACCUACGUAUCUGAAACAAAUGGAAAUGCUAGACGAAGCGGUUCACAAUAUACUGCCCAGGAUACCAAUUCCACUACAAGAAGCAACUACUCGGUUGCUGAAAAAGUCUCCCGUUGCUCGACCCACGGCUCAGCUGCUGACACUCAUCAAGUACUUCAGCGAUCCCGCGGUUCAGGCACUGCAAUUCCUGGACGUCAUCAACAUGAAGGAUCCCACCCAGAAGACCCACUUCUAUCGAAGUACAUUGCGAGAGGUGCUCCCCUUCAUACCACGGAAAUUGUGGUGGCAGCACAUCUGGCCUAAUUUGCAGCAGGAAAUGCGUGCUGAUGAGGUGCUAGCUGCGGUACUGCAACCCGCUCUAACUUUGGUCCAAGAAUCUUCAAACACUGAAUACGAAGCAAUCAUUUUACCAACCUUUAAGACUGUUUUUGUAGCCCCUAAGUCUAUACAAGCAACCGUAGCGUUACUAGAGAACUUACACAUAAUCCUAGAGAAAACACCACGAGACGACAUCAGGACGGAGGUGCUGCCGCUGCUAUUCAAUGCGCUCGAAAGUACAACGAUACAGGUGCAGAGUGCUGCACUAGUGGCAGUGACGAACGUAUACGACUAUCUAGACGACAUCACAAUUAAGAAACUGGUGCUACCCAAACUGAAAUCGGUUUUCGAGAAGAACCAAAGUGAUCUGAAGAUCAUGGGAAACGUGCUGCAAUGUGUGGAGCGGACACUAGACAAACUCGACAAGUCACAGAUCAUAGACGAAGUACUGCCAUUACUGCUCGAAGUCAGGCUGACGGAUCCGGAUAUAAUUGUGCGAGUUGCCAAUAUUUAUCGGAUUAUGCUGUGUGAUAAAAAGUACGGCCUCACCGUGAACAUCAUGGCUACCAAGGUGAUGCCGACCCUUCUACCGCAGACAGUAAAUCCUUCGCUAAAUCUCGAACAAUUUAUGAUCCUUUUGGAGGUGCUUCAAGAAAUGCUGGACCAAAUCGACAGACAUCAGCGCAACAAGUUGAAGCUGGACAACCUGUCGCUUCCCUCGCCCGACCGCCAUCGACCGCUGCGCCAUCAAUUUUCCUCCGACAACAUGAACGCGCAACAAUUCAACAUUCCGAAUCUGCGAAUCGACCAGCGAAAAACUUCCAGUGCCGAGGACAUGGCACGGAAGAACUCAACAGGUACCCGAAGAGGUUCGGGUGCUCUAGGUAGCUGGUGGUUCGGAGGCUCACCCUCCUCUCCGGAUAGCAACUUCCUGCGGGUGGUCAAUGCCUUCCCAAAUCGGCGGCUUUCGGACAAUACACUCAUGACCCCGAAGAUACGGAUCGCUCCGUCGUGCGCGUCGUCGCCGGGUGGUACUCCUGGUGGUGGUUUACCGAUAAGACGCCAUUCUAGCAUCGGUCCACAGGAGAGACGAAGUUCCAAUAUCAAUUUAUCACCACCAACCGGCUUUAGCGCACGCGGCGGCUCCGGUUCGAGCCUUUCAGUGCCUGCCACUUCCGCUUCUUACGUACUUUCACGGAGCAUGAUCGGCGGCUCAAUGCCAAAUACGUCUAGUAGCGUGCCGUUCCUGCUCUCUUCCAGCAUGCAGUCGAUCCGUAGCCGCCGUACUUCGACAGUGCUAUCUUCCGGCCCGCUCGGGUCCGGAUCGGGGCUGCUGCAGCAGCUCGGUUCCGGCAUGGAAAAAGUGUGCGAAACCCUGCAACAAUCAACAUCAUCGAAAAGCAAUAAAAAGAAGACUUCCAAGCUUGAAUCCAAACUAUCCAACCUCAAACCGUUGGAUCUGCUGUCGUAUUCGCCCUCGUCGCGACGCAGCAGCACUACCGCUGGCUUCCAGCGAAGCUUCCAGAAGAGUCAGAAAAAGGCACUGAAAAACUUGCGCAAAAGUUUUAAACUUUGAAUCCUUCGACACGGCCUCAACGUUAGCACGGUUCAAGCGACUACUGAUGAGACUGAUGCGCCUGCCAAACACAAUCCACUGUGGCUGCCCUGGUCUGUGAUUGCGCACCCAAUGAUAACACCGUUUCAAGGACUUCUCGAGGACCAUCAGAUGCACCAAAUGGAAACCAAAACAACAACUAUAACUAGCACAACUACUAUCAUAAUAAUCGACAACACCAGAGCGAAAGCCUGCAGUAUUCUGUUUGUAACAAUGUAUUCGUGUAAUUUUGUACUUCUCCUAGAGCAGAGUGCACACAUCGCCGUCUUUGUUUGUGAGUGGAUGUUCGAACUAUUCGAAAUUGACCAAGAUUAACCAAAUGCUACAGUUAACACAUGUUUGUAUCAUGCAAGCGACCAAAACUUUGUAAUGCAAUUAUCAAUAUAAUCAAACUGAAUCAAGUAAGCUUCGACAAACCUGUAGUCCGUAGCCUUUAAAAUCCGCUUUUUUCGUUUUUUUUUGAUAAACCUUAUUUUGCUCAAAUGCUCUACCUACUACAGUACUAGUCCUCGUUAGGUCACCGUUCUAGCACUGCUGAAAUGCUUACGUGUGCUCUUGCAUAGCAACUUUCCAUGCCCUGGUUCGUUAACCGCUUUAAACUAUCUUGGACCACUUACUCACCUAAUGCUAUAUAACACUAUUGAUAUCCUCGUUCUAUCCUCUAGCUAUAAUGUUCUGUAGAAGUACCUACAACGCUUUUCCUCUAAUGUGCAGUCUCGUUCACCACAACCAUCUGUAUAUUUUCAGAUUCUGAACACCAAAAACUUCAAAUCAGUACUGGAAAAAGUAGCUAAAAAUCGACCGCGAUCCUCCUCCCUAUUUAGCGUGUACAAUGAUCGUUAGCACGGUAGUUUUCCAACCGUCCCAUCGUCAUCCGGUACCCGGUCAAGAAAUUCUAUAUUUUUCCAAACCUAAUGACACUAAACGAGUAGAAUCAAGUUGACCAUGUUGCCCUACCAAAACAAGAGCGAGAGAGCGUAAAAAAACAAUCGAUCUAUCAUAGCAUGACGUCGAAGCGAAAUACUUUCCCAACCAGUCGUGAUCACGGAUUUGGACCCUUGCCUAAUUUGUAGCGAACCGCCGAAAAAUGUGGUUUCCUACUGUGUCUUAAUUUAACCGAGGUAAGACCCGUAGGCCCCUAGUUUACCAACAAGUAGACAUCCAUCUGGUUAUUCCAUAAUUCGGCAAAGUUUUCGUAGUACUUGAUUCACACACGUAUCCGCAUUAACCUGUAAACCGUAUAUCAAUGGUUCUCCUUCGUCUGUUUCCCCCUAAAUAACCAACCGAAGGAGUCCAUCGUAGAAAGUUGUUUUCUUCAGUUUGUAGAACGUUUGGAGUUUCCGCAGCGAUUGGUAUUUAGAAGCAACGGUGUAAUUGGCAAUUUCUAUUGAGUUUAUGUUGUGUGGGUGAGAAAGCAAUGUUAGCUUCGAAAUUUAUGAAAUCAUUACCUCUUAGUUUACAGUAGUACAAACGCUCGGAGUAGUAAACUAAGCUGUCAGUUUCGGAAAAUUUUGGAUCGUUAUUAUGAAAAGUAGGACAGCAAGUCAUCACACAUCCUAGAUUUCUGUGAGAGAUUUUUUGGGCAACUUCACGUUAGAUACUUUAAUACCAACAAGAACACCUUUGUACUAUAGUAGAUGUAGAUAAUAUUUCCCGGAAUUUUCGGAAUGCCUUCCCUAUUACCACCAAAUGUCCUGAUUUGAAAAGAUCAAACACCGUAUGUCGCAUGUCUGCAUAUAACUAGAGCUAGCAUUUAUUUCAUUUUUUCUGCCUAUCUGUGAGCAUA